AUGAGCAUUUGCUUAGAAGAUAUUAGGAAUUUUAUAUUAGGGAAUCCUUUAAAAAUAGCCAAUGAAAAGACAAUUCAAUCUUACUUUAUUGAUUCAAUUGUUGAUAAUAGUAAAUUUGCUGUUUUCUUAGGAUUGUUAGCAGUUAUAGUUUUGGCUAGUCUAUUAAUUAUUGUAGCAAGUAAAGGAAGAACUAGAGGAAGAUUUUAUUUAAUUUUAGCUGGUGUGGUUUUAAUUUACUCAGGGUUGAGUUAUAGAUAUGCACAUUUAAUCUUAUCUUUUGAUGCCGUAAGAGUAAAUUCCUUUAAUGAUAUUGAAACAGAAAAUAAUCAAAAUGAUGGAUCAAAUAACUUGAUUAACAAAAUUUCAAAUAAUUUGCUGGAAGUUCCAAUGAAUGAUUUUAAUGACACCGAAGACUCAAAUACAGAUAGUAAUAAACGCAAAUUAUUUACUGAAAUGGUAUCAGCGAAACAGUCAAAAAUGAAUACAAAGUAUAAUUUUGGAUUAAAAAAUUCAAAAAAUUUAAAAAAUAGUUUUGAUUUUGAUGAUGAUGAAGAUGAUCUUUAUAUGAGUAAAAUAGUUAAGACAUUUGAAGAAGAAAAUGAUUCAAAUAAAAAAAUGUCAGAAAUUGUUGAUAUAAUGAAAUCUGGAUCAGUAACCUUGAAGAAUUUGUUAAAAAAGUUUGAUAAAAUUUUUGAUUGUUUUUAUUGUGAAUCAAUGAAGAUAGAAAAGGAAAUGAGUUCUUUUAAUGCAAAUAUCAAGAAUUUUAAUUUAGAUGCUAAAGAGAUUCAAAAUGAUAUUAAGAUUGGUAUUAAUUUAUGUAAAACUGUUGAAAAUUUGGUAAAUAAACCAAGUACUGAUAAUAUCAGUUCACUGUUUGGGAUUAAAAGUAAAAAUGAUAACAGGAAUAAAAAUAAUACACAGGUUGAUAAUGUGGACACAUCACUGACUAUAUUAACUAUUUAUUUCAUUAUUCAAAUCAGUCUUUUUCUUUAUUUCAUUGUAACCAUCAUAUGUGGUUUUGACUUUUCAAUACUUUUACGAAUAAUGAUAUUUUUGUGUUUGGUAUUAGAUAUAACAUUGGGUGUGUAUAUAAUGAUAUAUUCACAUUUUCUUGAUAAAAUAUGUGUUGUUGGUAACGUAAAUGGUUGUAGAAGCACCUUUACUAAUGGAUUUGCUGAAUUUGCUGCUACUACAGGUUUAAACCUUAAAACUGUCAAUAAGUCACAAAAAGAUAAAAUGUACAGUGAAAUCAAUAGAAUACAAACACAAACAGAUAAUUAUAUGAUAGAAAUUUCAAAUUACAUAGAAUUUGAUCCAAUACAAAAGUUUAAGAUAAAACAGGUUCAAUUUAACAAUAUGUUUGAUAAGAUAGAAUUUGUAUUUGAAGACUUUGAUAAUUUGACUAAUCAUAAGGUUGAUAAGGAAAACUUCUUUAAAUUAAUAAAAAAACUAAAAAAGGUUCUAGAGGAUAUUGGAUUGACAUUAGAAACACAAAUCACAAUGAAGGAUGUUUUAAAAAUCUACUCUCGUGAAGUUGCAUUUUUAGCAUUUAUAAAAUCAGAAAAAGAAAAUCUUUAUAGACAGGUUGAUAAGCAAAUGACAAGAUCAAGAAUGUUGAAUAUGUCUGAUACAGAAAAAGAUUGUUGGAAUCACAAAAGAAUGGUGUGUCAUUACAAAAAGAUAGCUGAUAACUUGUGGGCGUAUUUAUUGAUAGGUGGUUUGGUUUUAAUACCAUUUGUUGCCUUUUAA